GCGUGGAGCUCUCACAUUUGACAUACUCUCUGCAGUAGCUUCUCUCCUUAAGGCAGACUAGCAAACUCUUAUGACAUCAUCCAGCCACUGAAUGGGGGGAGUUCGCGUUUAAAGGAACAACUUUUGUGGAUAAAUCACUAUUAAAAAUACAGCGAGACGCAUCUCAAGCCAGCGUUAUGUUUCAGAAUAUCGAUUUAGUAGACCAGAUGAGCACUUUGUCGUGCUGACAAAUACUUUUAAGCUUGUCCGCGGGAAUAAUUUGUUGUUUUGAAAACAGUUGAGUACACUGUAAAGCCCCAAAGGGCCGCUUCAGCGAAGUCUGUAGCGUUGUCUUCUUAUCCUAGUUUUUAAUGUACAUUUAUGUAUCUUUCCUGUUCGGAUAUUUGUUGGUUGGGGAUAGCGCUGUAAGUGGUCAGGGAGAGACUGCUUUUUUCGACUGAAGUUUUCGCCUAUGGACGACUGCAGUCCUCUCUCUCCAAAGGCAAACGCUUUCAGUAUUGCCUCUCUGAUUUCAGCGGCAGAACAAGCAGGAAACACAGCAUUUGAAGAGCUCGGCACUGGCCUGGACAAGCAUUACCAGCAUAGCAGCUAUAGAUCCCUUAAAAUGCAUUACAGUACUGUCACCAGGGAAAUGGAAGCAUUCACAACCAGCAGCCUCAGCAGUCUUAAUGCGCCCGGGAGUUACCACCUCUCGCCUUCCCCAGGGGACCCGUACAGCCAGCAUGAACCCCACUACGAGCCCUGCUCGGCCGCCCAGCACAGCUACAACUACACGGGGUCGAAUCCGGCCCAGGCCCAGCAGAACGACAGCGGAACUUCCAACUGCUCCUCGUCAUCCUCAAACUCCACUCCGAACAGCAAGCCUCCGGUGAAGAAGAACCCCAAAGUGGCCAACAUUAACGUGCAACUGGAGAUGAAGGCUCUCUGGGAUGAAUUUAACCAACUUGGAACAGAGAUGAUCGUAACCAAAGCUGGAAGGAGAAUGUUUCCUACGUUUCAAGUUAAAAUUUUUGGAAUGGAUCCUAUGGGAGACUACAUGCUCUUAAUGGAUUUCUUACCAGUAGACGAUAAACGAUACAGGUAAGCUAAGCUGAAAGCAAAACACGAUAAAUACGCAGAAGGACGAGCAAAUACUCGCAUGGAAAAUUUGAAAGAGGGCUCUCCUUUUGUGAUCAAUUUAGCACUGCCCUUUCUGCACUUACAAUGUAAUUCUGCUAUCAUCUUGAACUCCAUGCACAGAUAUCAGCCACGGUUCCAUGUGGUCUACGUGGAUCCGAGGAAAGACAGCGAAAAAUAUGCUGAAGAAAAUUACAAGACAUUUGUAUUCGAGGAAACUCGGUUUACAGCCGUCACUGCUUAUCAGAAUCACAGGAUCACGCAGCUGAAAAUCGCCAGUAACCCCUUCGCGAAGGGCUUCAGAGACUGUGACCCCGAGGACUGGCCUAGAAACCACCGGCCGGGAUCUCUCCCUAUCAUGAGCGCUUUCGCCAGGACGAGAAACCCCAUGUCGUCUCCUCCUCAGCAGAACGGAACAGAGAAGGAGGCAGACGGUAGACGGGAGUACGACCGGGACCCCAGCGGCACCCCCAUCCACGCUGACCCGGCCCACCAGCUCAUGUCCCGCGUCCUGAGCCCGGCGCUGCCCGUGCCGGGGGGGCUGCACGCCGUGCCCCUGACCGCGGGCCGACCCAGCCCCCCCCACGAACUGCGGCUCGACGGGCACCCGCAGGCCCCCGACACCCUCCACCACCACCCCUACAAGUACCCCAGCACCUACGAACACUACCUGGGAGCCAAGACCAGGCCUUCUCCUUACCCACUGCCCAGCAUCAGGGGACACGGCUACCACCAUCACAUGAACCCAGCCACCGCCAACAUGUACUCUGCUGCCAGCGCGCCUGCCAACUACGACUACGGUCCCAGAUAACCCCCUGGCAACGAUGGUCUGGCAGGCAGGAACUUGGGGAGAAACGGCGAAAUGCGCCGAUCGCCUGCACGGUUUCUGCAAACGGCAGUGUUACGACACCUGGGAGUGACCCUCUUGCGAAUGGAAUCACCUGAAAAAAAAAAAAACUCUGAAAUUGUUCAAGGAAAGGUGGUUUAAGAAAUAGUGUCGUGUGUCGUCUAGGGCGGCACAGGACACCAGCGGAUCAUGUGACAACCCCCUCCACCCCUGCCCCACAGAGGGCUACCCAUAAGGCCUUUUGAACCCAUAUCCCACAAGCAUUCUUCAGCAGCACAUCUGCACUGCUGGGUGUGGUGCAGACAGUAAGUGAGGUAAAGCAGAGAACAAGAGGAGUCUAAUAAAAAGGAUGAUAGAUAGCCACAGACUGGAAUUGAUGCACUUUUUUUCGCUUUAAAAACAAGCCAUAUGUUAUACUCUUGAGCCCAUCAAGCCUUUUAGGCCGAGGAGAGAUCCGCGAGUUCAGCUCUUUGAAGAUAACGCGGUUGUCUUCACUGUUGGUGUUGGCGAGAAAAAACGACGGGGUUUUAUUUUGACAGUUCAGAAUAACACAGGCAGCACCCAGGGAACCUCCUCGCGUAGCACGGAUCAGCAGCGUCUCUUUGAAAAGGCAGACGGGAGAUUUGUGCUCUGUGACACGAAGAUGCUAAAAAUUUUUUUACUGUAAACCCAUAAAAAUCGUUAUCGCUGUUCUCUUUUAAACAAAGCCCUUAGACUGUCCAGAAAGCACGGAAACACAAGGUCCCAUUGGAGACAUUGUUAAACCGUUUAACAAUAGAUUUAACCUCUUCUUAUAGGGGUUAAAAAAGUAUUACAUGGAAAAUAAUGUGAGGAAAAGGAAUUGUAUCCAAUCCAAAGCCUAUGUCAAGACACAUGAGAUUCAGUGUUUUUUUUCACAGCUUAGUUUGAACGCCAAGGACCACACAUUGCGGUGUUUUUGCAUUGCAUCCAGAAUAUUCCGAGUGACCACAACAUUUGGCAAAUCUUUGUUGUCCAUGAACAGAGUAAUGAGAGCAAAGACAAGUGGACUUGCAUAAUAUAUAUAUAUGACAAUGCACACAUGGAAUAUAUAUAUGUGUGUGUGUGUGCGCGUGCUUGUGUGCAUUGUCAUGUGAUCUCACUGGAAAAUGGAAAAUUAAAUUCCUUUUUACAGUGUACAGUAUCAUGCUAAAUAUAUACCAGACCAUAUUCUAUUCUCACAGUAUACACACAGAAUAUACAUUAAUAUAAACAGUGCCAAAGCAUUGGUGUCGUUCUUGGAAAUGAAGUCUGUAUAUUUAUUGGUCAAUGUUUUCCUAUGAGGCAGAGUGAUUUAAAAAAAUCAAAACCAUAUUUUAUGGAUAUCUGCAAACAUGUAGAUAAUUGUAGAUAUGUGUAGAUAUAUUUGUGUAGAUAGUUCUUAUUACUGUUUACAUAAAAUGAAUUUGUUUGAACAUGACUUUUAUAAA